UCAAACACAAACUGAAACUCAAACACGAACUAAAACUCAGACACAAACUGAAACUCAAACUCGAACGACAACUCAAACAGAAAUUCAAACUGAAACCGAAACUGAGACUGAAACACAAACUCAAAGAAAAACGAAAACUCAGACACAAACUGAAACUCCGAGACAAACUGAAAAUCAAACAGAAAGUGAAGCUGGAACACAAACUGAAACUGAAACACAAACUCAAACCGAAAAUCAAACACAAACUGAAACUCAAACAAAAACUGAAACACAAACCACAACUCAAACACGAACUGAAACUGAAAAUCAAAGACAAACGCUAACCUGAGCACAAAAUGAAGUUCAAACUCAAAAUCACUACCACUACUACUGCUACUACCGCUACUACUAUUACUGCUACUACUACUACUACUGCUGCUACCACUACUGCUACUGCUGCUCGCAAUAAUACUACUGCUACUAUCACGUGUAAUAGCACUACUCUUACCACUACUUCUACGACUCACAGUUCUGGUAAUCACAGUGUUACUAAUACUACCACUUCUGCUGCUAAUACUCACACUACUACUACUAAUGCGACUAAUCACAGUACUACUACUACCCAUGGUACUACUACGCACGGUACUACUACUUCUACUCACAGUACUAGUACCACUACUGCAGAUGAAGAAGGAACUGCUUUAACACCAAUCGCCAUCAACGGGAGAAACCUAAAGAAAGUAGUCUCUUUUCCCUACCUAGACAGCAUCGUUUCAACUAUAAGUGGCACAGGCGACGAUGUCAAAGCCAGGAUCGGAAAAGCAAACGAAGACAGGCCUUCACCAAUCUGAAAUAAUCAGUAUGGAGAUAUACUGCAGUGCACUACACUUCAAUCAGGAUAAAGAAGAACAAUUCAGUCAAGUCAGUGCUGCGAUAUGGUUCAGAAACUAGCCGUGUCAUGAAAAGCACUUCCAACAAACUACAAACAUUUAUCAACAGCUGCCUACGCUGGCUCGAUACUGAAGAUAAGAUCAGAUGGCCAGAAAGAAUAAGCAACAAGGAA